GUUCUUCUCCCUUGUCUUUAUUUAUUUAUUAUUUUACGUGUUGGAUGGUGUGGAUUUUCUUCCAUUUGUCCCAUUCCUCUUCAAUUCUGGAAGAACAUAUUCGGCUUGUAAACGACUCUCCUCUCCAUCCUUCUCUUUGAUGGAUUUUGUGCAAUUCUACCAUUUGAGCCCUUCUUUCUCGCUUCCCUGCCUGUAGUGGUGUGAACCAGCAUGGGAGGGCUUUGUUCUAAGAGUUCUAGCAGAGGUAACGAGCAUCAGAAGGUGAGUGACAAAAGGAACGGCCAUGGUGAGACUUACAAGGCAGCUUCAGGUCGCCGGUCGGACGUGGAAAGCAAAUUGGCUCCGCCCUGGCAGGGAACGGAAAGCAUGGAGAAGCAACUGGAGGAGAGGGAGACGAAGCAAGUAAAUGAAACCCUUUCAUAUCCUGAGGUGGGCACGGCCCAGUAUGGUACUAAUACUGAAGAUUUCUACGAUGGUAUUCCUCGCUUUCAAAUCCUCAAGUCUCGAUCGGUAAGUUCUAAGCCGGCAGCAGUGGCUAAGGUUUCAGAGGUCAGUUCACGUUUAGGAAGGGCUGGUACUGUUGGACUUGGUAAAGCAGUGGAGGUUCUGGAUACACUGGGAAGUAGCAUGACAAAUUUAAACCCUAACAGUGGAUUUAUUUCUGGCGUGGCAACUAAAGGCAAUGAACUGGAAAUUUUAUCUUUUGAAGUAGCAAAUACAAUUGUCAAAGGUUCCAAUCUCAUGCAGUCUCUUUUAAGAAGAAGUAUAAGGAAUUUGAAAGAAGUGGUACUUCUUUCUGAAGGUGUGCAAAAUCUUGUAUCAAAAGAUAUGGAUGAACUUCUAAGGAUUGUUGAAGAUGACAAGAGGGAGGAGUUGAAAAUCUUUUCAGGAGAAGUAAUUCGUUUUGGAAACCGUUGUAAAGAUCCUCAGUGGCACAACUUAGACCGCUAUUUUGAGAAAGUUAGCAGAGAUCUUACUCCUCAGCGGCAAUUAAAAGACGAGGCAGAAUCUGUUAUAGAGCUUCUGAUGAAUUUGGUUCAGCAUACGGCUGAGCUAUACCAGGAGUUGCAAUUGUUGGACAGAAUUGAACAAAAUUAUCGUUUUAAGAGGCUGGAGAAUAGUUCACGUGCCAAUCAAAAAGGUGACAGCCUUGUAAUCAUAAGGACUGAACUAAAGAGACAAAAAAAGCAAGUAAAAGGUCUAAAGAAAAAAUCGCUUUGGUCCAGAAGUUUGGAAGAGGUGAUGGAGAAGCUUGCUGAUAUUGUACACUAUAUACUAUUGGAGAUACACAAUACCUUUGGCAGUGCUGAUAGUUCUACUACACCAGUUAAAGAAUCUGUGAGCUAUUGUCAAAGACUGGGACCUGCUGGCCUCGAUUUGCAUUAUGCAAAUAUAGUUAUGCAAAUUGACACUCUUGUAGCUCGUUCAAGUAAUAUGCCUUCAAAUACAAGAGAUGCGUUAUAUCAGAGCUUGCCCCCUAAUAUAAUAUCAGGUCUACGCUCCAGAAUACAAUCUUUUCACGUGAAAGAAGAGCUCACUGUUGAAGAGAUCAAAGACGAGAUGGAGAAGACUUUGCGGUGGCUUGUUCCUGUUUCCACCAACACAGCCAAAGCCCAUCAUGGAUUUGGCUGGGUCGGGGAGUGGGCGAACACAGGUACUGAGGUAAACAGGAAGCCUUCUGCUGGGCCAAAUCCAACGGAUGUAACUAGGAUUGAAACUCUUUACCACGCAGACAAGGAGAAAACCGAAGCUUAUAUUUUUGAACUAGUAUUAUGGCUUCACCAUCUUGCUAGCCGUUCCAAAGCUAAUGCCGGACCUGGUGCUGUCAAGUUGCCUCUCAAGUCUCCAGUACAGAUGUCCGUUUCGAAGUCAAAUCAGCAGCAGAAAGAGAAGUCUACAUAUGUACCAUCAGUAAGCUCCGAAGUACAACAAUUGUUGCUGGAUUCAAGUACGAGAAAAUGGACCGCACGGCCACGAAUUAGUAAGAGUGUGGACUUUGACACUGAAAAGAAAAAGUUGAGGAAGAGUGAUAGACUGAGCAAGAGCUGUGGCUGCUCCGUGGAGAGGGAAUUAGCCACUAUUCAAAGGCUUCCUUCCGCUGUUCCCAUCAUUCUUGAGGACAAGGAAAAAGCAUUGGAUGCCAUUGACAGAGUCAAUGUGCCCAGAUGAACUACAGACUCAACAUUCGCAUAAUCUAUAAUUCCAGUUGGGUUCAUCCUGGAAUCUUCUGUGUCUCUGUAGGUUGCAUAUAAACAUAUACAGUUUUGUAUAUCAGACCUUUGUAUAGGUGACAUGGCUUCCUUUUGUUAUAGUGAUUGUUGUCUUCAUCUAUUUCUGAAGGUGAUUUCUCAUUGUUAAUGGUAUUUAUAUGCAAUGGAGAAAAAAAGGAAGAAG